UGUUCAAAGGAGCAGCACACACUGACUGAAACAAUUCACAAACAGCAAGAGUUGUUGAUGAAGUAUGGCUUAACUGAUCUCACCUUUAAUAAAGACACGGCAAACUAUUUUCUGUAUGUGUCUGACGAUCUCCUCACGGUCCAACGCCAGAAGAAAGAACAGCGCUACAAACCACACCCCUUACGAUUCACGAGGGAGCACCAAGUCCUGUCCAACGACUGUGUGUCACAUGGUAGACAUCAGUGGGAACUGGAGGCAGAGGGGCUCUGGGACAUUGCUGUCACCUACAAGGAAAUCACCACAGUAUCUGCAAUAUCAUCAAGAUCAUCAAGACUCUUCGGUGACAACUUGGUGUCUUGGAGUGUUGCGCACGUGGGUGAUGGGAAAGUCUUUGCCUACCACGCAGGGGUGCGGGAGAAAAUAGAUGCAUUCUUGACAUCAUCCUGGUCGUACAACCGUAUUGUUGUGGUAGUGGACUUUCAAAUGGGCCUAAUCACUUUCAGUGAGGUGGACGGCAGGUGGAGACACCUGCAUACGUUCAAAGUCGACCUUGAUCGGCCCGUGUGCCUAGGAGUGGGACUGUUUUCGCUAGCGCUCCCCAGUUCAGUCUCUGUGAAAGAGAUUGAUUUCUUUUAGGUCUAUUAGUUUA